GCCGGAGAGGCGAGAUGAGAGAUAUGAGUUUGAAGUGCAGAUUAAAAUGAGAGAAGCAAGUGAAUAGAAAGCUGCGAGCAAGAUCGAAAAUAGCCAAAAAGAGAGAGUUGUACAGAAAUGAUAUUGUAUAGCCGAGGGAAGAAAGAAGCACGUUUAAAGAUUGUAUUCUCUCUAAUUAUAUACUUGAACCUGCGAUGCAUCUCGGCCCAACCUCCCACCCAUUGUUCACGGCAAACGCGCUCGCUGCAGAGACGACGAAGCCAUCUACUGGCCCGCACCAGGCGUGGCCGCGUCGCGAAAGCACCCAACAUGCAUGAACUACAAGCAGAUGACACAUACUUGAAUGUUUCUGAUCCAAGCUGAGUGGUGGCCAUUUGCUGUGCCGUGAAUCAAGCGAGGCCUUGGGCAGCGACGAGAUUCACGGUGCAGUAGCGGGCAGCUGUGAGCCAAUCAUGUGCUGUACACCAGCCUAAUUUGGUGCGCGGUGGACGCGGGAUGCGCGUUUGGGAGUUUUUGUCGCGGCGCGCGAUUGGGAACCGAGAGAGGAGAGCUGUGGUGAGGCUAGAGAUGUUACUCAUAGCUGGGCAACGUCAUGUUUCAGGAUCGAUUUUGUCGUGUUGGCAUGGCUUGAUUCACGAUGUGAUGUUUGAAGUGCUGCUUAUCUGUGUUGGGCUGGUGGAUCGGACGCCCAUAUAAGAGAGAGUUCCAUAACAAUUUGAUGGUUAAAAG